CCCCUGGUUGGGGGGGGGGGAUGUUGUGGGACGCGCCGCGUCGCAGCUGCUGCCGCCACCACCACUGUGGCUGUCGCUGUUGGCCAGACCCUGGGCGGCCUCGGCCCAGGGAGUUGGGGGACCAGGGGUGAGAAGGGGACUGCCAUACUAAGCACAGGGAGCAGGCCUGAGCCCUGCUUUUCAGCGACCCCAAAGAGAGGAUGUAGGGGGAAGGGCCUGUGAAGCGCAACUGAGCUCACUGCAGACAGGGGACACCGAGUCAGGGCCACCCCCUUCCUUGUGGGGCCCAGCCAGACCCAAACCCAAACCCAGACAGGCCCACCCAUUGCCCGACUGGGCUGUCUCCUACCGCAGAGCCCUGGCCGCAGAGGCGGGCAAGGAACAGGAGAGGUGGUGCGGCGGUAAACCUUAGCUGCAGAAGGGGCUGCCUGGGAUGAGGACGGGGCGCCGGCAGCAGUGGCGCGGAGGAGCAGACACCUAGCCCGUCCCUCCCCUCGCUCCCGCCGCUCCCCCUCCCCGCGCAAGGCAGCGGCUCUGGCCUCAGAUGAUCCCGCUCCCCCCUCCCCCCAACCGCAGCCCCGCACAGUCGGGCGGGCGGCGGGCGGCGGGCGGGCGCACUCACCGGCGGGGGGGAGCUGAGCAUAGGACAGCAGCCGCACCGGGGCCGGGGUGCCCGCAGUGCCUGUUCCCGUUGGCUCUGCCCUUCCCCCCAAGCAACAAUCAAAAAGAAACCCCACACUCACCCAAAAACCUUCAACCAGCCCCCUAUGGGACCACAAAUGCCCGCCUUCCUCCCCCUCCUCCUUCGGAGAUUUGGGGAAGGGGGGCACCCUGCUCAAGGCUGAGCCCAGCCUGGGUUGCCGGCCAGCUCUGCGGAUGAACCAGGCCCUGCCGAGCUUUCAGCCCCCAACCCACUCUUCCCCUCUGGAAGGACCCAGAAUGGAGGAGAAAACCAAGCAAGAUUUAGGAAAUUCACGAGCUAAAAAUGUCAGGAAUUUCCUGGGAAACGCAGUUCCUUACGGGUUUCAUUAACACAGGUCGCUCUCCCCUUUCACCCCCCCUCCCAGAAACAACUAAGUGUCAAAGAGAGCUCCCACCCCUCAAAAAGUAAAACAUUAAGUAAGUAAUGGUUUUUAGGUGGACAGCUAGUUUACCAACCAUGAAUUAACCAAUGAAUCUUUGGAUAGUGACAGCCAAAGGGGGUCCCUGGUCUCUCAAAGGGACUCGGAAAUAAGUGAAUUCUACCUUCCUAGAUCUAAAUCAUCAUCUCGGGCCUGUUUUCUUUCUCCUAGAUAUACAGCAAAUGCUCAUACUCCCUCCCUGCAGUCUAUAGUUCUAACAGUUGAAGGAAAGCUAAGGCCUAUCUCCAGGGGAACUCCUGCCAAUCCCCCUACAUUCUCCUUAUCACCUUCCGUAAGGGGCUCAGGGGAUACUCACAGCUUUACUACUGGCUUUCUCAAACAAUGGAUUGCUGCCUCUAUCCUUAGAAAAAUUUGUCCCAUCUGUGGGCUCCAUUCCCACUGAACAUCCCUCAACCCCCAAAGUAAGGAGCCUUCCCUCCCUCUUUUAGCCCCAGAGACUGUUGAGUACAUAGUUGUUCAGGCUUCCUGGAAAAGAAAGGGGUAGAGAGGACUAAUGAUCAAGAAACCUAGACUAGUCUAAGACAUAAGCCUUUCAAUGCCUGAGCCCUCAAAGCCCCCUAAUAUAUCCUUUCAUCACCUAGGCAAACCUGCCUGCUAAGUAUUCACAGCUUCCUUCUUCUUUUAGCCAGGGCCCCGUUCUAGCCAGCAGAAGCUUCUUUGGAUCUGGGCUGAUGUUUGCUACUUCCCGCUAAAGAGCAAGAAACAGGGCAAAGCACGAUGGCUACCAAAGAGUAAACUGGAGUGGUCCUGUGGGAACCAGCCCCAGAACCACCCACCCAUCCAGUGGUCCUUGAAAUGGUUCCCUGAAGAGGAGGCCCAUUCUGAGAGAAAGAAAUCCAGACUUUGGACCCCAUAAAGAAUUUCUCCUUAGUUGGGCAGGGGCAUUCUCCAGCAUUGCGUAGUACACUUUUAGUGCGGAUUUUUCUGAACUCCCUCCCUUGUCCCCAAGUCUGCAGGGAAGGGAAGAGAAGACCUGUUGGUGAACUUCCCACCGGGCAAAAUUUCAAGUGAGAAAAAGGCAGUGGCACCUCCAAGCUCACACAGUAGCAAUCAGGACCCUGGAUAGACCCUGGCCCCAAAAUGGGACAUAAAGGAUGAGUGGCAGGGUCUCGGAACAGAGCUGAGUCGGGUAUUAUACUCCCAGCUGUAAAAUGAGGCUAAGAUCUGUUUAAGUCUGAUAUAGAAGAGCCGCUGUUCUUCUUCUCAGGUUUACCUUGCGCAGAACCAAGCUCUUGCCCCUUUAAGAGGGCUCACAGGAGCAAGAAGCCUAAAGAGAUUGCGAUGAGGGGGCACGCGCUUACGGUCCCUGCCAUUCUUCUACGCUAAUGACUGCUUUCUCCAGGACAGAAAACCAGGGUUUAAAACUCCCCACCUUCUUGGACCAACUUUAGAGUCUAAAUUUCUUCACUGUCCCAAACGUUUACAUCCAGGGUUCUGAAACAGUUUGAGUUUGGGAACACCCUGAUUUUCUGAAAAAGUGUCUGUCACCAGAAACUGAGUUCUUAGUUCCCCAGCGCAAAGGCAAAUGAUGAAGUUUCUAGGCAAAACACAAGUUAAAUAUCAUUUGCAUGCUUACUCUGGGAAUUUUAAGCUCAAAUCAGCAAAUAACUGAGACCUGGAUCUCUCCACAUAAAUAGGCACUUAUGUUAUUCUAUUUAUUAUAUAUAUACAAAAUUUCUGCCAUUAUAUACCAGUUUCUCUAUUUUACAAAUGGUAUCUAAAAGGUAAACAAGGUUAACAAUGGCUUUUUCAAAACAAUUCAAUGAUAAGUGGGAUAUUUAGCACAUUUUCACUACUCAAAAAGUUAAUUUCAGGAUAAGCCUGUAAAUGUGGGGCUUUGGUCAGACUGGGGAGGGGAUGGUGGUGAAAGGCGGCUUUCCUUAGGUUAGAUAAUAUAGUAGCCUUAAAAGGCAGCCUGGGAAGAAUGAAUAUUGACUCGAAAGUCUUAAAAAGUUUAGAACCUUCAAAAGAAUUUCAAAGUUAGAUUUGCAUCCUAACAUUGAAACUCCAUUAGAAAAUUUGUAGAUUUGAAAAGACUUCUAGCCACUUGUUAAUUACCUAAAUAAUAUACUUAGUAAAUGAAAAGUCAGUUCCAGUGUCUGGCUUUUUGAAUUUGUUAUUUUGAAACAAACAGUUGUAAAAUUAAAUUGAUAAUUUCAAUACAAUAUGGGAAAGGCAAAGGGGAAACGAAAUAUAUCAAUAUGCAGCAAAAUAUCUGUGUUAAUUAAAAUUCGUCAAAAAUAUUCCCUUUCUACUCAAAGUUUGCUUACUUUAAAAAAUCUGAUGUGUUUAUAUUUCUUGUGCUCUUUUAUUAAUACUACACACACAUUUUGAGAACAGAGAUUGCUUUAUUUUCAAUCCCACUAUCUCUGUCGUUAACAAACCCUUACUAACAAAAAAUUGUUCACAAGUGAAACAAACAUUAGACAGAACAAGAAGGAAAAAAGCUUCACUUUUCCUCAGCCUGAACCAUGGGUGAUUCUAAAUAAUUUAGUUUUGAAAAGUAAAAAUUAACACACACAUUUAUAAAAUAAACUGGGAAGGAGGGAAUCUACUGGGUAAUAAACCCUUUUGACUAUAUGGAGUUCCCAAAAGACAAUAUGCUGAUUAAUACCACAGAUUACCAAAAUAAAAGAGAAGCAAGAACAUUAGAAAUUGUUUUCAAUUGCUACUUUAAAUGCCUUUUUAAAACUAGACAAUUAUCUUCAAUAUCUAAAUCAUUAAAACUAAGUGGAAUGUUGAAUUCCAAGUGUUCAUAGUGGAGGAAUUACCCAUUUCUUCUCAUGGCUAUCUUCCAGGAAAAUGAAGGGUAAAUGUUCACGUUUAACAACAAAGACUAAUAGUAAUAGUAUUUCAUCAAUCAUUUUUUAAAUGCACAUUGUCCUUCUAUAGCUCACCUAAUCUGUAAAAUUAUACCUCUCCAAUGCUAUUUUAAUGUUUAAAGAUAUGAAUUAAACAUCCAAAAUCUGAAGAGAACAAUCCAUGUGACAGAACCCUCGCAUUUCACAAAAUGUUUUCAUUCUAAGCAUUUGCAAAAGAGUUAAAUAAACGUAGCACGCAUUCUAAAUUCGAUCAAAGAUUCCAAGAACCCGAUAUUUUAUGUACCCAAAAGGCCCAAACAGAACCGAUGCAAAUGUCAAUAGCUCAUUCUCUUCCGGCUGAUGCUUAAAAGGUUUUACUAGUACCCAAAGGAAUGAAAUCAGCAACUCUCCACACUCUAGUCAACACUCCAAUUUUCAAAGCAGCAAUUCGCAAACGUUAGUUUGGGCUGGAAGCAGUGGGGGGUCUUGAAGUAAUAAAAAAAAAAUUCCUUUUCUCCUCUGACAGUCUACCAAAAGAAGUCAAACCAAAUUCCGUCUAUUGUAAAGCACUGGGACCUCCCUUCCAAGGACACGGGAAACAAGCAUAGACACCGCUGCCAAAAAGCUCUCCGAAAGCACCUGGCCCGACAGAACGAAUUAGAACCCUCAAGAGGGUCCCUCACAGACAGCGGAAAUGAAGGUGGCAUUAAUUCAGGGGCAGACAGCAACGAGCCAAAGAAAGUUGCCCUAGCCGGACUUGGGCCUUUCUCUACCCAAGUUCAGAAUCAAGGCAGAUAUAUUUGUGAGGGUCCCUUCUACAGACAUAUCAGCCGCCUCCGGAGCCCACUGUCGCUCAAAGGGCUGUUGUGCAGGGAGUGUCAGCCACGUUUGGCGCACUGUCCCAGGCCCGGGGCGAAGGUGGUCAGGAGAAAUGGGGCUUAGGGAUUGCUAAGCAAACGGCACCACUGGUGGUCUACAAGCGUCUGCGGAGCGGGCUCUGUUUCCCCUCCCAAGGCGGCGGCGGCGGAGCGGCGGAGCCCCCCAAAUGGCCUGGCCAGAUGCGGCAGGUUUGCUGCUCAGCGCUGCCGCCGCCGCCACUGGAGAAGGCUCGGUGCAGCAGCUACAGCGACAGCAGCAGCAGCAGCGGCAGCAGCGAGAGGAGCAGCAGCAGCAGCAGCAGCAGCGAGAGGAGCAGCAGCAGCAGCAGCGGCGGCGGCGGCAGCAGCAGCAGGAGCAGCAGCAACAGCAGCAUCUCCCGUCCCGCUGCGCCCCCAGAGCCGCGGCCGCCGCAGCAGCCGCAGCCCCGCAGCCCCGCAGCCCGGAGAGCCGCCGCCCGCUCUCGAGCCGCAGCCGCCGGCGGCAUGAGGCACGACCCGGCCCCCGGCUUCUCCAUGCUGCUCUUCGGUGUGUCGCUCGCUUGCUACUCGCCUAGCCUCAAGUCGGUGCAGGACCAGGCAUACAAGGCGCCCGUGGUGGUGGAGGGCAAGGUACAGGGGCUGGCCCCGGCCGGCGGCUCCGGCUCCAACAGCACCCGCGAGCCGCCCGCCUCGGGUCGGGUGGCGCUGGUGAAGGUGCUGGACAAGUGGCCGCUCCGGAGCGGGGGGCUGCAGCGCGAGCAGGUGAUCAGCGUGGGCUCCUGUGCGCCGCUCGAAAGGAACCAGCGCUACAUCUUUUUCCUGGAGCCCACGGAGCAGCCCUUAGUCUUUAAGACGGCCUUUGCCCCCAUCGACACGAACGGCAAAAACCUCAAGAAAGAGGUGGGCAAGAUCCUGUGCACUGACUGCGCCACCCGGCCCAAGCUGAAGAAGAUGAAGAGCCAGACCGGACAGGUGGGUGAGAAGCAGUCACUGAAGUGCGAGGCAGCAGCGGGCAAUCCUCAGCCCUCCUACCGCUGGUUCAAGGAUGGCAAGGAGCUCAACCGCAGCCGGGACAUCCGCAUCAAGUAUGGCAACGGCAGAAAGAACUCUCGACUCCAGUUCAACAAGGUGAAGGUGGAGGAUGCUGGGGAGUAUGUCUGUGAGGCCGAGAACAUCCUGGGGAAGGACACGGUCCGGGGCCGGCUCCACGUCAACAGCGUGAGUACCACUCUGUCAUCCUGGUCGGGGCACGCCCGAAAGUGCAACGAGACAGCCAAGUCCUAUUGUGUCAACGGAGGUGUCUGCUACUACAUUGAGGGCAUCAACCAGCUCUCCUGCAAGUGUCCUGUGGGAUACACCGGGGACAGGUGUCAGCAGUUCGCAAUGGUCAACUUCUCCAAGCACCUUGGAUUUGAACUAAAGGAAGCCGAGGAGCUGUACCAGAAGAGGGUGCUGACUAUUACUGGCAUCUGUGUGGCACUGCUGGUGGUGGGCAUUGUCUGCGUGGUCGCCUACUGCAAGACCAAAAAACAGCGGAAGCAGAUGCAUAGUCACCUCCGGCAGAACAUGUGCCCAGCCCACCAGAACCGGAGCUUGGCCAAUGGCCCCAGCCACCCCCGGCUGGACCCUGAGGAGAUCCAGAUGGCAGAUUAUAUCUCCAAGAACGUGCCAGCCACAGACCAUGUCAUCCGGAGGGAAACCGAGACCACCUUCUCUGGGAGCCACUCCUGUUCUCCUUCUCACCACUGUUCCACAGCCACACCCACCUCCAGCCACAGGCAUGAGAGCCACACGUGGAGCCUGGAACGUUCUGAAAGCCUGACCUCCGACUCCCAGUCGGGCAUUAUGCUGUCAUCAGUAGGCACCAGCAAGUGCAAUAGCCCGGCGUGUGUGGAGGCCCGGGCGCGGCGGGCAGCAGCCUACAGCCUGGAAGAGCGGCGCAGGGCUGCUGGGCCACCUUACCACGACUCCAUAGACUCCCUGCGUGACUCCCCACAUAGCGAGAGGUACGUGUCAGCGCUGACCACGCCCGCGCGCCUCUCUCCCGUGGACUUCCACUACUCGCUGGCCACGCAGGUGCCGACUUUUGAGAUCACGUCUCCCAACUCGGCGCACGCCGUGUCUCUACCGCCGGCCGCGCCCAUCAGCUACCGCCUGGCGGAGCAGCAGCCGCUACUACGACAGCCGGCGCCCCCGGGCCCAGGGCCCGGGCCCGGCGCGGACAUGCAGCGCAGCUACGACAGCUACUACUACCCUGCGGCGGGGCCCGGGCCGGGGCCGGGGCCGGGGCCGGGGCCGGGGCCGGGGCCGGGGCCGCGGCGUGGGGCCUGCGCACUGGGCGGCAGCCUAGGCAGCCUGCCCGCCAGCCCCUUCCGCAUCCCGGAGGACGACGAGUACGAGACCACGCAGGAGUGCGCGCCCCCGCCCCCGCCCCCGCCCCCGCCGCGCCCGCGCGCCCGCGGCGCGUCCCGCAGGACGUCGGCGGGGCCCCGGCGCUGGCGCCGCUCGCGCCUCAACGGGCUGGCGGCGCAGCGCGCACGCGCGGCGCGGGACUCGCUGUCGCCGAGCAGCGGCUCGGGGGGCGGCUCAGCCUCCGCCUCGGACGACGACGCCGACGGGGCGCUGGCGGCCGAGAGCACGCCCUUUCUCGGCCUGCGCGCGGCGCACGACGCGCUGCGCUCGGACUCGCCGCCGCUCUGCCCCGCGGCCGACAGCAGGACUUACUACUCCCUGGACAGCCGCAGCACGCGGGCCAGCAGCAGACACAGCCGCGGGCCGCCCCCGCGGGGCAAGCAGGACUCGGCGCCCCUCUAG